AUGAACUGGACGGCGUUGAACGACACGGACGGAGGUUUCCACGCCGGGAACACUGAGACUUUACCCGCAUGCUGCACUUGGUCCUCAGCUGUCACAGACUCCGGUUUGGCGCAGAGCGGUGCGCACGAGCGCGACUCCUUCGCCCCGAACGUGGUGCAAGUCGCCGUGAUGUGCGUGCUCGCGCUCACCGUGGUCUUUGGCAUCUUCUUCUUGGGCUGUAACCUGCUCAUCAAAUCCGUAGGAAUGAUCAACUUCCUCGUCGCGGAUAGAAGAUAUUCCAAAGACGUCGAGGCGGUUAUAGUGAGCGCGUGA